GUAUACCGUACCGGUACUGUGGGUUAUCUUAUCAGUAGCACUGUAGCAGUGCUUCACAUGGUAAAAUGCAAACAACCAUGAACUGAUUCCUCAUUUAAACGCCACAUAUUUUUGAAUGUAAAUUGAAAUUUGAUCUAACAAAGCUUUCUCAGAUCUUAGAUCUUAGUGCGUUGUGGCUGAGACGUGAAACUUAAACUUUCUCUAGUCUAUUGUGGUCUUGCAACUAUCAGUAUGGACAUGCGCCCACGACGCAGUGCGAGGAACACAAAUAUUUCCAACGUGGAUGAUAAGAUUAAGGAACAGAUUAUGGAUGCACUGAGAGUGAGAGACCAAGAAGAAAGUAUAAUCGGAUUAUGCGGGCCAGAUAAAAGAGUCGAGGCUUCUGUAAAAAUAGUUAUAAGAAGAGCUGAGAGAGAUCAAUUGUUCGAAAAGAUUGUCACAGCAACUGUGACAAAGAAAACAGACAUUACAAAUAUCCAAAUGCAAAUUGGUGAUGCAAUAGGUCUCAAUUUUGACGAUAAGACGGAUCUAGCUGAAUCAACUUGUUUCAUGUGUUUCCGUAAUACUAAAAAUACGAGACCUGCGGAAAGAGCUAAUCUUCUGUGUGCUAAGAUGAAGGAGCUGCAAACAGUCCUAGUUGUACUGUAUGAUCUUUAUGGCAGACUCGAUUUAGGUGAGAUCGGUAUUCCCUUUGGUGAAGAUCAUAAUGGUUGCAAGAUAUUGCUGACAUCUACAAAUUUGAAGGUUUUAUCAGAAGAAAUGAAGGUUCAUAAAUUGAUACAAUUAUCAGAGACAUGACAUGAUUAUUUUCCAAAGCAGCAGAGAUGAUGAAAAUUUGAAGUACAAAAAGAUGCACAUCAUUUGAAAAUCACCAUGGUUGAGAGAUUAUUGACAAAUGCUAUAUAGGUUUUUUUUUCUGUCAUAUGCUUGAGUUUGUAAUCUAAGAUAUGACCAGUUCUAGCAGGAACUGUCUUGAUAUAGCUUUAGUAGAAGCAACAUUUUGUGCAUAUGUUAAAGUUUUUAGCAUUUGAGUUAAUUGACUACUUAUGCAGCUAAA